UUCAUUCAGUUUUUCAUAUUAAAGCAACUAGAUAAGAUGAAAAUUUUAAUAUUAUUAACAUUAAUAGCUUUCAUAGCUUUGACAAAAGCGAAUGAAGCAGAAGCAGACGCACAAAAAAUGCCACUGAGAGAUCUAUGUCCAACCCGCAGGAACUGCAAAACAAUCAAAAUUGUGUGCCCACAAGGAACAGUUUUUGAUUCGAAUCCAAAAGGCUGCUGUUGCAGACCUUUAUGCACCGGUCAAAAUGAAAUCUACACCUGUGGAUGUUCUGACUUAGUUUGCAACAAAAAACCAAUUUUGUGCAGAGGGUGCGAUUAUGGAUGCUUCUGCAAACCUGGUUUUGUUCGUCAUCCUAUUUCGAAAAAAUGUAUUUCACCAAAAAAUUGCCCAGUGAAAAUGGAAAUGGCAGAAGAUGCUGUUGUUUGAUUUUCAGUUGCUGUCAAAUUUAAUGCGAGA